GCGUGCCUAAGCGCCUCCCUAGACUUAUAAAGGUCGCUGUGCCACGCUGGUAGUUCAGCUCACUUGCCUGGCUGCUCAGAGUCACAGCGACUUAGUCGGCUCUGGUUCCUGGAUCAGCCCGGUUCCAACUCAGCCAAAGGCGCCUUGCUCCUGCCCGCCGUCCCGCUCUCUGCAAGCUGCACCAAGACAGAAGGAUGGAGACUCUCCCUGCCGCUUGGGUCCUGGCGCUGCUCUGUCUAGGUUCCCACCUUCUACAAGCAGUUAUCAGCACAACAGUGAUUCCAUCAUGUAUCCCAGGGGAAUCUGAAGAUAAUUGCACAGCUUUAGUUCAGAUGGAAGAUGAUCCCCGAGUGGCUCAAGUGUUGAUUACAAAGUGUAGCUCUGACAUGGAUGGCUACUGCUUGCAUGGACACUGCAUCUACCUGGUGGACAUGAGUGAGAAAUUCUGCAGAUGUGAAGUGGGUUACACUGGUCUGCGAUGUGAACACUUCUUUCUAACUGUUCACCAACCCUUGAGCAAAGAAUAUGUUGCAUUGACAGUGAUCCUCAUUUUCCUGUGUCUUGUCAUAACUGCUGGAUCCAUAUACUACUUCUGCAGAUGGUACAAAAAUCGAAAAAGUAAAAAAUCAAGGGAAGAAUACAAGAGAGUGACCUCAGGGGACCCAGUGCUGCCACAAGUCUGAACAAUGCUAUCAAAUUGAGGACAAGGAUGUCCAUCAGUGUGCCUGGCUGAUGUCAAUAUUUUGUCAUUUUAACAAUAUUUAUGUUGGGUCAUGUGUUAGGUCAAUAACUGUAUAUUUUUAAUACACUUGAAAAGUGUUUUAUUUUUGACAGAAAUAUAUUUGCUAAUAUAUUAUAUGUAAAAUAUUUAAUAACAAAAGAAAUUUGAUAUUUUUGUAAGAAUUUUCUGAGUAUGAUGCUUUAUUGAAAAGCUUCAAAGUUCAUUAAGCUGGUGCAGUGCUUAGAGAGAGCAAUGCCCAGUCUGUGGCUUGGGAGGUGUGUCUGCAAGUGACAUUCCUGAGAGUUUAGUGAUAUGGUCAAGUCCAUUGCAUCAGUAAUUUAUUUUCUUCUUCUCAUGUCUGUGAUAAUUGACUUGACUGUAUUGUGGCUUGGCACGGUGGUUGGCGAGCCUAGUCGUAUGGUCAAAUCAGUUGCAUAAAUAAUUUAUUUUCUACUUCUUAUGUCUGUGAUAAUUGCUUUGACUAUAUCAUCAAAUAUUAAACAGUAAUGACAAUGGGACUUAGAGGAGGUAAACUCAACUUGUGUACCUCAAGCCACACAUUUGAACCAGCUAGUCCUGGAGAGGAUGUCUCUUCAGCAUCUCUGCUAUAGGGUUUCAGAUGUGUCUAGAGGUGGCAAAGGACAGUCCACCCAAACAAUGGCUGCUCCAUCGAUGUAGAGGACAUCAUUGUGUGAGGUUGUUGUUUUGAAUAUCAAUCAGAAAAUCCACAUUUGAAGACACAUGUGAACCCCAUUUUAGAGUAUUCAUUUUUAUAGGGAAUUUACUGAAGAAUUAUAGCAUUAAAGCAGAAUCCAAAUCAAAUUAAUUGUAUUUUUAAAACACAGGAGGAUGCUAACCAGAUCUCAUCUGAUAUGGAAACAUACUUUUGUAUUUCGUGCUCAAGAGGAUUUUGUUUUUUGGUUUUUUUUGUUGUUGUUUUGUUAUUGUUGUUAUUAUUUUGUUUGUUAACACAGAGUCUCACUGGCCCCAAGCUCAUGGUAACUCUCCUGUCUUAACCUCCUUGGUUCUUGGUUACAGGAAUACAUUACUGUGCCUAGCUACCAUACACCGUUCAGACAACAUCUUAUUUCAGAUUUUAAAGCUACAAUUCAAAACAUAUAUCCAAAGGCAGGAAGUGGGGAAAGUACAGGAAAAAAAAUCACAAUCUAAUUUUCCAAAGGAGAAAGACAUUUGAAAGCUUUUAAAAUUUAAACUUCAUUAUCCAUACCCAUGGAAACUAAAUUGAAGCCUGCCCCUUUUCUCUGUCCUUUGUUUGCCUUUACAGAAAGACAGAAGGCUGGUCUCCACUCGCAGCCUGCAGGUCUUAGUGAGUCAUUGAGAAUAUUCUGUGCAGUUAUCUCGAGAGCUACUGCUAGAACACCUUUUCCUGGAGGCUGCCUCCCUGAAUGCUCAACCUUAGGUAGAAUCUCCCUGGAACACAUACCAGGUCAGGGAGGGCCGAUUCUUCCCCCAGCUUUUUCCUGGCAUAUAUUCAGGUAACAAAAAGAUCAGGAGUUGCCUCUGGCUUUUAAAGUGACAAGGAGCAAGUCAUUGAUACUCCAUGGAGCCAGUCAUGGAAAACCCUGGAUGGUUCACAGAGCUUUCAUCCAAAACCCUGGCCUUGCUAUGAGGGAAACAGAUUAAAUAACAAUGCACAAUGCAUUCCCGUGCAUCUGCUUGUGCACACAUAAGCUCCAUCCUUUGUAGAAUUACAGCUCUUCGUUUCUAUAGUAACCAGAAUACUCCUGUUUAAAAGGACAAAGGGGAAUGGAGGUCAGUGAGGUCUAAAAUGUGUAUUUCUUUGCUAUUUGAUUUGGCUGAAGGACAGCCAGCAUCCUGUGUGAGAAUACAGUUUUAAAUCCCAUUGACAUCAACUGGAUGAAGAAAACACUGGCCUAUUUCCAGUGACCUUAGCUUCUCCAGACAAAAGUUUAAAGCUUAUCAAGAACUGGACUGAAACAGCCAGUUCAUCUACAGAAGCUGAAAAAAAAAGGCUUUUAGAUAUUGGUAUAUUGGUAUAUUAUAUGGUAUAAUGCCCAUGGUCUACUAUGAGCAUUCCUAGGCAUAUAACAUAACUAGAUGCAAGAAGUUUGUGGUAGCAUUGUAUAUUUUUAGAUAUGUUUGAAAAGAACUCAGGAACAAUUUAGAUCUUUCUGUCUUUUUGUUGUUGUUGUUUUGACCUCAAAGCUGGGAACAAAAGUCAGAGCCUUAGACACAUCCAGCAAACACUACUGUUAGGCUACACCUAUCAUCCCCUAAAAACAUACUAAUAAUGCAGAAAGAUGACGGAGCUUGCAGGUGUUGGGUGAACAUGUUUUAAAAACUCAUUGUUCCGGUGAAGAUUGUGUUAAGAAAGCAUAAAAAGAUUACAAUCAAUUCAUACACAGAUUUCUCAUUAUAUUGCGUAUACACACACAGGGACAUCACACUCUGUGAACAAAGACAUUGUGCUCUGUACUUGACACUAAACUUUUACCUAAAAAUUGAGACUCCAACUACCUAAAGCCUCCAUCUCUGUAACUGGACCAUAAUUCUACUGCUCUCAUCUGGUUCACUCCCUCUGUGUCAAGAGUCAAACUGUGGGGAAAAAGCCGAAGAUUUUUUUUAAGUCCUUGAGAAGACAGCUAACGAAAUUUGCCUGCCAAAAGAUAGCAAUUAUUGAAUUGAUACCUGUUUCUAGCAAAUAUAUGACAUGGUUAGUGUCUAAUUUUUGUUUCAUUCAUUCAGUAAUGUGUAAAGUUGCCUUUAAAUAUUUUUAUUGGACCAAAUUUGUCACGUUUGUUUUGAUUUUUUAUUUUGUAGAGUUCUUUUUAAGUUGGAUUGGCUUCCCCAUUUCUUAAAAAAAAUUUCUAAUGUUAUGGGGGAAGGGGAGCAUAAACAGCACUUCUGGACUACAUUUUAAAAUUUUAACUGAAAACUACUUUUGUCUAAGAUAUCUCGUCCAUUGAAAUGCGAUGCUUGUGAAUGUCAUACCGUGCAUUUUCACUUUUUGCCCCUUUGCACUCUGUCAUUGCACUUUGUAAGUCGGAAGGACCACUCAUAUAAAUUUCCUAUUAAAAGUUCUAGUGGAACAUAAAGUUGUAUUGCGUUCACCUUAAAACUUAUUUCACUAUGAAUGUUACCAGAGUACUGAAUUGUAUCAAUUUGUUUGCAGUUAAUAUCAGCUUUGAUAGUCAUGUACCUUGACAUAGUGAAGGACACUAUUAUAGAUGAGUUAUUGUCAAUUUUUAUUUAUUUUUGUUAGGAAUUGGCAAAGAUCACUAUGGAAAAAUAAAAGUACAAACACAUAAAAAGA